AUGGAACCAACGUGUGUCGACACUUCUCUCAACCUCAACGUUAUUCCAUCUUCGCACAAAGACCUCGCGGGGGAAGUUUUGGUUGAAGAGUUGCGGCGUCUAAGUAGUGAGAACAAGAGGCUAACUGAGAGGUUGAACCAGGUGUGCGAGAACUAUGUUGCUUUGCAGAAACAUUUGAGUGAGUUCAACGGAAUGAAGAACGCAAAUUUUGACAAAGAAGGAAUACCAUCCAUGAAAAGAAAGGUCGAAAGCGAGAACUGCGUGAAUCUGUUUGGUGUCAACGCCUAUACUGAGUGCAGCACCAUCACUGAAGAAGAGACAUUCAAAAGGCCUAAGCAUAGUACCUCCCCAAACGUUUCCAAAGUUUUUGUUCGGACAGAUGCAUCUGAUACCAGCUUAUAUGUAAGGGACGGAUAUCAGUGGAGAAAAUAUGGUCAAAAAGUGACGAGAGAUAACCCUUCUCCUAGGGCUUACUUCAAGUGUUCUUAUGCCCCAGGGUGUCCGGUGAAGAAGAAGGUGCAGAGAAGCGUGGAGGAUCCAACUGUGCUGGUAACAACUUACGAAGGAGAGCACAACCAUGGUGAACAUCAAACGGAGAUAUCAGCGAAUUCACCCUCAGCUUCACCCUCGUCCAUGAACCCGAGUGCAGGCCCAAUUGCAACGCUUGACUUCAUCCCGUCAAAAGUGGUUGACAUUAAUGCGCAAAAGUCAUCCAUCCAGCAGUUUUUAGUUCAACAAAUGGCUAAUACUUUGACCACAGACCCUAAUUUCACAGCUGCACUUGCUUCUGCCAUCUCUGGAAGAAUUCUAGAUCAUACUUCUAUCUCAAACCGUUGA